AUGGUGGCGGGUGAGCUGGACGCGGAGCUGGCGGCGCUCGCGGACGAGGCGCAGGCGGCGAGAGAGCGAAACGCGAGAGUGAAGAAAGAGAUCGAAGAAUUGGCGGAAGAGUUGCUCGGGAGCGGACAGAGGGUGAAUAAUGAUUCGAAACCCGCGCCUGGGUCGCUGUCGGAGCUGAAGAUGAAGGCGGUGGAGGCGGAGGCGGACGCGGUGGAUAAACGCAUGCAGGCGACGCUGCAGGACACGCAACGCGCGACGACGUACACGAUGGUGCUGCUGCUUCUGAGUUUCUUAGGGUUUACCCUCGUCGCCGAGGGCGCGUACGAUAAGUUUGCCGCCGUCGCGGGUGCGUUCGCGCUCGUCGCGUAUCAAUCGCGCGCCGAGUUGCAGGCGAAGAGCAAAGGCAAGCAGCGGUGA